AUGGCAAAUAAUCUCAAGCACCCAUUGGAAGAUCCACCAUCCCUAUCUCCAAGCGCCGGUGAGAAAGAAAUAGAGUUCGUAUCGUCUGAUGAAGAGGACCACCAGCACACCAUCAUUUCUUCAGAAGAAGACGAACCCGAAGAUCCUCGACCGAGGAGUUCAAGCGAGACCCAGCUGUCACAUUGGAAACGUCUCUCAACCAACGCGAGGUCGAAGCGUGCCAAGAAAACUUAUACACAAGGUAAGAAGAUAGGAUCAGAUCUUAGAAGACUGUUUAGUGAGAAAGAUGAGAUUGUUUUGUUACAAAGUAUAAUUGAUUCCAAAGGGAAGAAUCCAUUAGAAGACAAUCGCUUACUCUACGAAUCCAUGAAAGGGUCUUUUAGCGUUGAUGUUACGUUGGGACAGUUCAGAGAGAAGCUUCGGACUACGAAGAAAAAAUAUACAACUAAAGAAAUGAAGGGUGAAAAAGCUUUUGCUCUGAAUCCUCAUCAACAAAAGUGCUUUCAGUUGUCAAAGGCUAUCUGGGGAGCUGAAGGGAUAGCUUGUGAAUCUGCUAAUGGGAAAGCGAAGGAGAGUAAGAGGAGAGUGACAAACAAGCUUGACUUGGUCUCUUCACGUAAUGGUAAUGCCCAAGACGGUAGGAAAAGAGAAGAUAUGGAGAAGUCACCACAUGGUGUGACAAAAUCUGAUUGGGAUGAAAGUUCGUUUUUUCUUGGUAUGGAUUUUCUCAAGGAAAAAUGGACCAAGUUGCCGACUGAGUCUAAGAAAACCCAAUUAGAGAAGAUGAAGAAGUUGCAUGCCAACGAACUUGAAUGUAAAAAAUAUGAAGAGACGUUGAAGGUCCUGAAAGAUCAAUGUACGCAGGACAAGGUAGAAUUGUUGAAUGAAGUUACCUCUUUGAUUAUAGCAGCAGAUUAA